AUGAGAAGCGAGUCGGCGGGGGCCAUGCAGGAGCCGGGGCCGGGGCCGGAGCCGGGGCCCCCCGGCCGCCUGGGCGCAACCUACUCCGAGGCCUGGGGCUACUUCCACCUGGCCCCGGCGCGCCCGGGACUCGCGGCGGGCCCCUGGGCCACCUGCCGGCUGUGCGGGGAGCAGGUGAGCCGCGGCCCCGGCUUCGCGGAGGGCACCCCGGCCCUGUGGACGCACCUGCGGCGCGCUCACCUGCCCGAGCUGCACACCGGCGCGGCCGCCCGCCGCUCCCCGCCCGGACCAGGCCCCGCCCCCGGACUCGGACCAGGCCCCGCCCCCGGACUCGGCCCCGCCCCCAGUCUCGGACCAGGCCCCGCCCCCGGACUCAGCCACGCCCCCAGUCUCGGACAAGGCCCCGCCCCCGGCCUCGGCCCCGCCCCCAGUCUCGGACCAGGCCCCGCCCCCGGACUCGGACCAGGCCCCGCCCCCGGACUCGGCCCCGCCCCCGGUCUCGGCCCAGGCCCCGCCCCCGGUCUCGGCCCAGGCCCCGCCCCCGCGGCCGCCGAGGGCCCCUGGGCGCAGCUGCUGCAGCAGGUGGCGGCGCUGGCCGUGCGCGGGAGUCUGCGCGAGCGCGAGCUGCAGAGGCGCGAGGCGGCGCUGGAGCGGGGGGAGCGCGCGCUGGAGCGGAGGCGCCGGGCGCUGCAGGACGACGAGCGCGCGCUGGCCCGGGAGCGCCGGGCGCUGCAGGCGGACCGGGAGGCGCUGCAGGCGGACCGGGAGGCGCUGCAGGCGCGCCUGCGGGAGCGGGAGGCGGCCGCGGCCGUGGCGGUGCACAGCCCUCUCAAGGAGGAGCCCGCGGGGGACACGGACGCCUGCGGCUUCACGAAGCUGCUCCUGUAGCUCCGGACGGCACGCGCGCACGCACACACACUAAUGCAAACGUGGGCAACACGCACGCACACUAAUGCAAACGUGGGCAACACGCACACACACUAAUGCAAACGUGGGCAACACGCACACACACUAAUGCAAACGUGGGCAACACGCACACACACUAAUGCAAACGUGGGCAACACGCACGCACACUAAUGCA